AUGAUGGAGUCUCAGCGUAGGGGAUUACGUGUUUUGAAUACGUCCGAACAUAUAGAGCCAAAGAAAACACAGCUUUCAGUCGAGAAAAAGCCUGGAAUAGUACCUGCUAAACAUUAUGUGAAGGAACCAAUUGCCAAUAAACCCGUUGUCAACAAAGUUGCUCCGUUUAUUAUUUUCCAAGACCCUAUUGAAACUCACUGCCAACAUUGUGGUGCUUUGCGCUCUAAAAGCCAGAAAGAUCAGCAUCUUAAUUCUUCAAAAGAGUAUAAGGAAACUGCUACUCAAGUGGAAGUCAUAGACCUUAAUGCUUGGUUGUGUUCAGAGCAUGCACCUGAAAAGUAUUGGGAAACCGUCGCGGAACAAAGGCGAGUGGCUUUAAAGGAAACCUUAGAUGAAAAUUUGCAGCUGUGUGAACUCGUUGAGAAGCUGAACUUUGAAAUUGAAAGAUUAAGUGCCAUCGCUUCAAGUGGUGAUCACAUUGAUGCAAUGUACAACCAAAUAUUUGGAGGGCAAGAAGCACACAGUAAUCUCUCCGCAGAGCCUCAGGAACCCAGCUGUGAACCUAACCCAGCACAAUUAAAAUGA